AUGUCGUCAGACAACCUCUCUGUCCCUGAAUGGGUCGCCAACCUACGACAUCCGCCUAAGCCUGCGUCGACAACUGGCAGCAUACCCGAUCCACCCGGCUACCCAUCGAUGUUGACUAAGAAACAAGCGAAAGAAACCAAAGUCCAACCGCGAAAGCAGCCGACCCCCGAGGAGAUGGACACAUUGAAGCUAAAGAAGGCUUGGGAAGUGGCGCUCGCGCCGGUCAAGAACUUGCCCAUGACAGCCAUCAUGAUGUAUAUGUCAGGAAACUCGUUACAGAUUUUCAGCAUAAUGAUGGUUUUCAUGGCCUUUAAGAACCCCAUCAUGGGCAUCAUCGCUACGAACCAAGCGUUCGAAAGGUUCGAGAGCGAGAGCAACAAGGCGAAGAUAAUACAGGCAAAGCUGGCAUACGUCGCCAUGCAGAUGGUGGCUUUGGCCGUUGGAAUAUGGAAAGUUAAUGCGAUGGGUUUAUUACCGACUACCAGAUCUGACUGGUUGGCCUGGGAAGCCCAACGAGAACCGCUAGAGCUCGCAGUCUCUGCGUUAUAG